CCGAGUUCUCUCGCCUAGCACGUUUGACUCCUCGUCAAGUGAACCAAACAAGGUGAGCAAGCAGGUAUCGCCAUCAACGCGGAUGCUUUUGCACGCGACCCUCCAGAUACCACAUUAUCCUCUCUUUAUUUGAAAGGACAUUCGUGAUCAAUUGCGCACCUGCCCGUGCGUGUCCGCCAUGGCAGUAACUAUACCACCCGUCGAGUUGCCUACAGACAGACGCUCCUAUCUGAAUACGGCGCCUGGCCCAGACAUUCAUGAUCCCAACUGGAUUCCCGUACUCGAUUCCGCACGAUACAAGCCACCCUCUCCUUCAGCUGAGAAAGAAGCCUUGCCACUCACACCCGGCUCAUUCUCCUUGUUUCCCAAUCAAUCGCAAUCAAACUCGCCGAGACCUCGGCCGCCGCUCUCUCACAACUACUCCAAGAGUUCCUUAGCACCUGAAAGUCUGGCAUCAGACUCACGGUCGCAAAGCCCGAGCGAUAAUGUCGAGCCACUACCCAAUAUACAGCAAGCUCAGAGCGAUGCAGGCGCACACCAUCGGCGGAAGACCUCGCUAGGAUCAAGAUCAACAGAAGAGAAGAUUUCGGUGGGCACAGACACCCCUACAGGAGAUGUGGUGAGCGUACCAAGCACCGAGGGGAGUGCAAGUAUAGGCGAGGUGCGACCGUCCCUACGUCAAGAGCAGCAUGAAGAUAUCACGAGCACAACACCCUCGAUAUCGUCUAGCAGAAAACCCGCAGUGCUUCCACCGACCUCUAAAUAUAACCGCAAACCUGUGGCUUCGAUGGCCACGUCCAUCGGACGGCCGUCAUUCGUACCAAGUUUGCCUCAAACACCACAAGAGUCACCCCGGAUAAAUCCCAGUGUGCCUGUUACCGCACCGUCGACACCUCUAGUCCAGCCUUUUUCGACCCCAAAACUCAUUCCAACCGAACUUCCUCUACCUCCUCCACCACCACAACCAGACAGUGUGCCGAAACUGCAGCCGGCUAAGUCGAGUGCUUCGGAGCGCCGCCAACGUGCAUUGCAUUCUCACCCAUCGAAUAUCUCGCUCCGGUCACCACGUAACUCAAGCUCCGACGACGCAGAGAUCCCAUUCAAGCCACCGUCCGUGCGCAAGCCACGAAAGUCCACCGACUCUCGUGCUACGUCAGUCAGGUCUACGAUCUACGAUGUUCAGAUGCCGACGCCAGCACCCACGACGCCUCUCCCCCAGUUACCCCCCGAGGCUCGACGGCCGCCAACUCGGGAAAACAAUGCCUCGCAAAACUCGACGCCAGCAUUGGCGAAUGAACCUUUUCUGCCCACUACGCCGACCGUGCGACCUUCAGAGCACUCGGAGAUAGCAUCGUUCAUGACGGAGAAAAAUACCCUUGUCUUCCGCCGAUUCGAUGACGUGCAUGUGCGACUUUUGCUGUGCUUGCAAAGUGAGAUCUCUCAGCUCGAGAAGGAGCUGUCGACGUUGGAAAGCCCGACAAGUCAUGGUUAUCCAGCCGAGAAGAUGACACAGAAGAUGAGAGUGUUGAGGGAAUUGAGAAGAGUGGUUGCAGAGUAUGAUCAUCUUUUUACGACUUGGAGCAAAAUGCAAGCGAACAGGGCCAGUGAAUCGACGACGAGGGAGUUGAAGCAGUGGCUACACAAGCCCGCCACGAGUGCUCAGGCUGGCUUGGGCAUUGAGAUAAGGCAGGAUUUGCAGUGGUUGGAAGAGAACAAGAAUGAUCUAAGCAGUAUUGACUUUAGCGAGAAGGAGGAGAUGCUGCAAAAGGAGACGCCGCAGACAGGCCCAAGCAAUAGCGGAGGGGCGUCGGGCUUUCUGGCAUUGUUUGGAUGUGGUGGGAAGAGGAAGUAAUGAUGUCUGUCAUGUGUAAAGGAGUGGAUUUCUGACGCAACGGCUGGAUGGGCAUUGGCAUACAUCUGGGGGAUUUGGACACAUGAACAUAGUCUGGACACGGUCAGUAAAAGCACGGUUGGGAAGACUGCAAGGUGUUGAUGAGCAAGGGUCAGCAAUGAAUUCUGAGUGGCUUCCAAAUUCCUGAUACGACGAUUAUACCAGGUACCCUGCUGGCAUCAUGUUCUCUUGCACUUCCAUCUCACUCUUGUCUUCACUAGAUGAUGUAUGACGCUAAUGGCGCAGGUACGGUGAGGUGUGUGUGGUAGUUGCCGUAGUACGGAAGUAGUUUGCACGGAGUCAGAUUUCC